GCUCAAUUCAUUUACAACUGACGCAGUAACUACCGUACCUAUUAGUAGUAUGGACCACCUUACCUACCUUACCCACCGGUACCCGGAUAGCGAAAUGUGAACCUGCACUCAUACUUCGUAUUACCCGGGCCAUGAAAGAUGCUCGCCAUCGGGUAACUGCAGCAUCCUGUCUGGGCACGGGCAGCCACACCGUGCCUGCGGCCAAUCCAUUCCACUGUCGACCCUUGCUCAGAUGUGAGAUGUUAACCGAGAGCUGCGCAUUUGCACAUUCUAUCACAUUUCAGCUAGACAACUUCACAUUUGCUUUGUGCAACGAUUCAGGGAGUCAGCCCCCGCCUUUUUUUUUGCUACACGGUGUCGCUAUUACUACUUCUCCAACUGCCAUCGCCGCUGCAGCAGCGCAACCCUCCCCGGCCUUUUGCUCCUUGAUUCCUCCUGCCCUCUUCACCGGUUGUAGGUUUAAGGAUCAAAGCGGCAUAAUGUCUGACUUACACCCUACAACAGAGGAUCCGGCUGAUCAGCAGCAACAUAUCGAGCUUGUGGCGGACGAGGAGCGCGACUGGCCCGACGUCGAUUCGGCACUAGGUUUGUCGGUAUCAGACAGCCUCACUUCGUUGCGGUCCAGCGUGCUGGCCUAUCAGCAAGAAAAUGGCCGCACCUACCAUGCUAUGAGCGCCGGAAAAUACUUCUUGCCCAAUGAUGAUGCCGAGGUUGAGAGACUGGACCUGCAACACCAUGUUAUGACGUUUACGCUCGAUGACCAACUGUGUCUAUCUCCGAAGAAGGAUGGAGCAAAUCGGGUGCUCGACCUGGGAACAGGAACGGGGAUAUGGUGUAUCGAAUAUGCCGAUGAACAUCCCGAAGCAGAGGUCAUAGGCGUGGACCUCAGUCCGGUGCAGCCCAACUGCGUGCCGCCGAAUUGUCGCUUCGAGAUCGAUGACCUCGAGAAGGAUUGGACGUGGUCAAAGCCGUUCGACUUCAUCCUCAGCCGCAUGAUGACGGGUAGUUUCGCAGACAACGCUUCCAUUGUGGCGAAGGUCUACAACCAACUCGAGCCGGGUGGCUAUUUCGAAGCCCACGACAUGGCGCUGCCCCUGGGCUGCGAUGACGGCACCCUAUCUGAGGACUCGGACCUCUGGAUCUGGAUGACCUGGCUGAUACGGGCCAUGGAAGCCCUCGGCCGGCCACUGACUGCCGCGCAGAACUGGAAGCCCCUCAUGGAGGAAGCCGGGUUCGAGGACGUCGUGGAGACCGUCUACAAAUGGCCGACCAACAGCUGGCCCCGCGAUCCCAAGUACAAGAAGCUCGGCCAGUGGAGCCUCUACAACAUGGAUCAGGUCCUCGAGCCGGCCAUCCUGGCUCCGCUGACCAGAGCGCUCGGCUGGAGCCGCGAGGAAGCGGUGUUGCUCGCCGCCCGGGCGAGGAAGGUGUUGAGGGACCCGAGGGUUCAUGCUUACUGGCCAAUAUAUGUCGUUUAUGGUCGGAAACCACUCAAGAAGCGCGAGGAAUGACUUGAUAGCUGAUGAGUCGGGAACACGGGAUUGGGCCAAAAGAAACGGGCGGGUAUGUUGUUGAGCAACAGGCAAAUACAACUUGAGUUCUCCUUG